GACUAACCACCGAAUGUUACCAUAUUUAGAUCCAUCCAACCGCAUUUUCAUAAAUGUGCAACACGCCUAUGUGUGCUGCUGGGGGGGCUGACUUCUCGGUCGCGCAGUUGUGUCUGUGUGUGUGCGUGAGAUAGGGAUGCUGAGAGAAAGUGAGGCAGGGCGCGAGUGUGUCUGUGUGUAGAGAGAAAGAGAGAGCGCGCGCUCCAGGUUGGCGCAGGCACCGGUCAGGGAGAACGGAGCGUUGUGCAAGGUGGAAGCAUGGCUUCGUCUCACGGGAGAAGCGACCUGCGGUUCGCAGACUGGAUGGCAAGUUUACCGCAGAGCAUGCACACUAUCCCGCUCACCAACCUGGCUAUUCCCGGAUCCCACGAUUCCUUCAGUUUUUACAUCGAUGAGGCGUCUCCAGUGGGCCCCGAGCAGCCAGAGACGGUGCAGAACUUCGUUUCUGUUUUUGGCACGGUGGCCAAGAAGCUAAUGAGGAAGUGGUUGGCUACACAGACUAUGAACUUCACGAGCCAACUGGAGGCUGGGAUCCGGUUCUUUGACCUGCGCAUCUCCACCAAGCCCCGUGACCCUGAAAAUGAGCUGUACUUCGCCCACGGGCUCUUCAGUGCCACGGUCAGAGAAGGCCUAGAGCAGAUCAGCAGUUUUCUGUCAGCUCAUGCCAGAGAGGUGGUCUUCCUGGAUUUCAACCACUUCUACGGCAUGCAGAACCUGCACCAUGAAAAACUGGUGACCAUGCUAAAGGAGGUGUUUGGAGAGAAGCUCUGCCCUGUUGUUUUUGCUCAGGAGGUGAGUCUUCAGUAUCUAUGGGAGAAGGAGUACCAGGUGCUUGUCUUCUACCACCAUCCCAUGGCCCUGGAGGUGCCCUUCCUGUGGCCAGGCCAGAUGAUGCCUUCUCCCUGGGCCAACACCACUGACCCGGAGAAGCUGAUUCAGUUUCUGCAGGCAUCUAUCACUGACCGCAGGAGGAAGGGGACAUUCUUUGUCUCCCAGGUGGUUCUGACACCAAAAGCCAGCACUGUGAUGAAGGGUGUGGCUAGUGGACUGAGAGAGACAAUUACAGAAAGGGCUUUACCAGGUAUGAUGCAGUGGAUCAGAUCUCAAAGACCCGGGGAGAGCGGUAUUAACAUCAUCACAGCUGAUUUUGUGGAGCUUGGAGAAUUCAUCAGCGCCGUCAUCACCCUCAAUUAUCACCUGGAUGACGAAGACGACGAUGCGACCUGAGAACCCGCAGCAGGCGUCAAGGAGUGCAGUCACCACCACUGAUACUAGUGGUUGCGUCUGUGCUCUCACUCUUUUCUCUUUGGCAUUUAUUUCAGGAGGGGGAGCUAAACGGCUCCUUUCACUUUAUUUAGGGCUAUAGUGAGAUGAGCGGUCAAAUGGAAAAAGGAGAUUGAGGAAUUUCAAGUUGAGACUGGUAGACAUAACGCUGAUGUUCGGUUGGAGCACUUUGAGAGUGAGGUUUUGUUUUGUUUGUGUCCAGUUUUAGGGGAUCCAAAAGAUUUUUGAUUAUUUUGUUUGUUUGUUUUUUCAGGUAAAAUGUUUAUUUUCUUUACUCCCUGUGCUGUAAAAAUCCCUGCUUUGUCCACUGAUCAAAUGCACUGUUCUCAGGCUUACCGCUUCAUCACGGGUAGGUUCCUCAGAGCAUAUCAACCGUCUGCUAAAUGUAUUGGUACAUCAAUCGUGGUAUUCUAGUGACAGUGACAGUUUUUUCAGAGGCUGUUUAUAAUAAGUCUGUGUAUCUCAAACUUUAGGCCGGUGUAAGUAGCUAGCAGUUGUAUGUCUUGUUUGGCAAAUCUGUCCAAGUGAAUUCUCUCUCUUUUGUUUUUAACAAUAUGCAUCUUUGGUCAGAUCACUGCGGGUGUUUUUGAAAACGCCUCCAGCAGCUUGAAUGCAGAGUGUGAUUAAAAAGUGUUGUUCCAAUGUGUUUAUUCAAUACAUAGACAAAAACGAAUCAUUCCCAUUUCUUUUUGAAACUGUAUUCCCUCGUGGGAUUUUCACCCAGUAAGUCUCCACUGAAGCCAGCUUGCAGCAAUGGCGUUUAUUAGACACCUGUGUACUCUAAAACUAUUUAUCGAUAGAUUAAAAUGAUUCAUGCAGUAAUUCAAAACCAUAUUGCAAGAGAGAGUGAGAGUGCAGCUUGGCUGGCCGACAAGUGUUCUAAUCAUGUAAGAUGGAUACACAGCGGUCUCUUGUGCAUGAGCACUAAAACAGUAAUUUUCACAUUAUCUGUUUGAUUCAUAUUGCAAGACAAGCAUCAGUUCUCACUGUUGGAAAUGAAGUUGAUGAAGCAAGACAUUUCUAAUGAGAAGGCAUUCAGUGUGACUUUUUUUUUUUUUUUGCAUUCUGUCGUGGGUGUUGAGUCGUGAUAGCCAAGUAUAAAAAUACAGUAUAUCUGGGUGCCACCGUCUGCAUUUCCUUUGCUCAUUGCUUGCCCCCAGUC